AUGCCACGCGCCGAAGUCGGAACCUCCAAAUACCUCGACAACAAGCUAAAGUCCAAAGGUCUCCAACGUCUACGAUGGUACUGCCAAGUUUGCGAACGCCAAAUGCGUGACGAAAACGGUUUCAAAUGCCACACUCAAUCCGAAUCCCAUCUUCGACAGAUCCUCAUCGUCGGGGAAGAUCCCAAAAAGGCAAUCAAUAAAUACUCUUCCGACUUCCAACAUGACUUCUUACAACUCCUUAGAACCUCUCAUGGUGAAAAACAAGUUCAUGCGAAUCAUUUCUAUCAGGAGUAUAUUCACAAUAAAGAACAUAUUCAUAUGAAUGCUACGAAAUGGUCGAGCUUGAGCGAGUUUGUUAAGAUACUGGGGAGGGAAGGGAUAUGUAGAGUCGAAGAGAAUGAGAAGGGGCUGUUUAUCAGUUAUGUGGACAGGAGUCCUGAGGCUUUGGCGAGACAAGAGGCGAUUAGGAAGAAGGAGAGGCAGGAUAGAGGUGACGAGGAACGGGAGCAGAGGCAGAUUAAAGCACAGAUCGAGAGGGCAAACAAAGAAAAGGCGGUGAAAGAUAGUGAGGAUGGCGAGAUAGCGACGGGGUUGCAGAAGACGGAGGAGAAGAUUAAGAUUAACUUUGGUGGCGUGAAGAAAGAAGAUUCUGAGAAGAAGGAGAAAUCCAAGUCACCAGAGGAGAAAUCAGAUGAUACUACAGAAAGCAAGGAAGCGACUGUAUCACCGGACGCGGUAGCUGCCUCUGCAGCACCAGCGGCAUCGACGGCGACUGCACAGCCACCUAAGAUCUCGAUGAAGAUCCAGCCAAAGAAGCCAGUUAACGUGUUUGCAGCUGCGGGCAAAAAGCUCUCUGGGGCAAAGCCAAACGCGGAAUCGGCUUCAGACGCUAAAAGGCCAAUGAGCGAAGCAGAGCGGAUCAUGAAGCAAGAGAUGGAGAGGAAACGAGGCUUCUCGUCGGGGCCGUCCUCUGGUAAUGCUUUUAAGAAGGCGAGGGUUGCCUGA